AUGAGGCAUUACCUACGAUUCAUAGAUCUCGAGGCGAAAUUCGAUGAGCAGGGAUUUGUCCACAAACCCGGUGCUGCCUUCAAACUCGUCCAGUCUCAGCCGGAAAAUUAUGCGGACUUUUACCACCUAGGCCCGAGCAGAACUACAUGGAAUGUUCUGCGGGAGGAUAUGGACAAGCUUAUGCUUGACCAUGCUGUGGAACAGGGUGUCAAAGUGUUCGAAGAGACACGUGUUGAAUCAUUGAUUUUCGAAGGCGGCACGGAUUCCGGGAGACCAAUAUCUGCAUUUUGGAAAAAUAAGCAAGGCGGAUCAGGAUCCAUUAAGUUCGAAUGGCUCGUCGAUGCUUCGGGGAGGCAGGGAUUGAUGAGUACCAAGUACUUGAAGAAUCGUCUCAUUCGCGAAGGGCUCAAGAACGUCGCGGUGUAUGGAUAUUGGAAGGGCGUCACUCGCUACAAGGAGAGCCGUCGUGGGGAAGUAGCUCCUUGCACAGACCGAUCCGGAUGGGCGUGGGUAAUCCCUCUCCCUCAAGGUAUAACCUCCAUCGGAAUUGUCAUGCACCAGGAGACGUCCAACAAGAAGAAGGCGCAGUGUAAAGGCGGUCUCGUGGAUCACUACAUGGAACAACUGAAAUUAUGUCCUGGUGUCCAGACCUUCAUCGGGGAGAAAGGAGAGUUCAUUGAGGGCAGCACUCGAUCCACGUCGGACUACAGUUAUCAUGCCACCGCAUAUUCCGGUGACCACUUUAGAAUCAUCGGAGACGCUGCGGCUUUCAUUGAUCCGUUGUUUUCUUCCGGCGUUCACAUUGCGCUGACGGGAGCGUUGUCCGCUGCGUGUACAAUUCUCGGCGUGCGCAAAGGCCAGGUGACAGAAGUAGAGGCGCAAGCCUGGCACGACGCAAAGAUUGGGAUCUGUCAGACUAGGUUUCUAAUGGUUGUCCUGAGUGCAUACCGACAAAUGCACCACGAAGGCGUUCGUGCGGUCGUCACUGAUAUUGACGACAAGACGUUCGAGCAAGCCUUCGAGUUUUUCAGACCAGUAUAUAUUGGGGAGACGGACACGGAGGCUAAGCUAUCCGAGCGCACAAUGGAGACCUUAAUCGAAUUUACUCGGAGUCUUUUCAUACCGACAACUCAUGAGCAGGAGCAAUAUGUGUUCGAGACGGUUUCACCCGAGCUGCUUUCAGUGUCGGGCCCACUGAUAGGUUCGGAGGAGUUGGAGAAGGUCCUUGAUACCGAUCAUGGUGACGCGAAAGCCGUUCUCAAAAAACUAAAUGCACUCAAAAUCGAACGGGCCGAUACUAGUCCAGACAGUUUCACGUGGGAUGCGGUGAAUGGCUACGUUGUUCAACUAGAGAGAGGAAAGCUGGGUUUAGUCAAGGCAUAG